AUGGCACCCGGGAGCCGGCGCGGGGGGGCCCGGCUGCUGCCGCUGCUGCUGCCGCUGCUGGUGCUGCCGGCGGCGGGCGGCGGGUGCGCGGCGGAGGGCGGCCCGCUGGAGCCCUUCGAUGCGCUGUACGCCAGCGGGGUGGAGGCGUACUACGGCGGGGACUUCGCGGGCGCGGCGCGGUGCCUGGAGCGGGCGCUGCGCAGCCGGCGGGAGCUGCGGGCGGCGCGGCUGCGGUGCCGGCGGCUGUGCCGAGCGCAGGUGCGGCUGGCGGAGCCGGGCCCGGGCGCCGGCGGGGACCUGCCGUUCUUCGGCUCGGUGCUGCGGCGCGCAGACUGCGUGCGGCGCUGCGAGGAGCCGCGCCUGGGGGCCGUGUCCCGCCACCGCGCCGCCGAGGAGGUGCGCGCCGACUUCCAGCGCAGGGUGCCCUACAGCUACCUGCAGCGCGCAUACAUCCAGCUGAACAAGCUGGAGGAGGCAGCAAAUGCAGCUCACACCUUCUUCAUGGCAAACCCUGAGCACAUGGAGAUACAGCAGGACCUUGAGAACUACAAGACCAUGUCAGGGAAGGUCAGCUUGAUUGACCAGGAGGCCAGGCAGCACAUGGAGGACUACAGUGCUGGGGUGAGGCACUAUGACAGGGAGGAGUACGAGCUGGCCAUUGAACUCUUGGAGCGUGCCUUGAAAGGAUACUACUCCGAGGAUGAGGAUUGCCAGGUCAUGUGCGAGGGACCACAGAGGUUUGAGGAGCACGAGUACCUGGAUUACAAGGCUGGUCUCUAUGAAGCUAUUGCAGAGCACUACAUGCAGGUCCUGGCCUGCAAGCACGACUGUGUCCGGGAGCUCGCCACGCGCUCGGGCCGGAUCUCGCCCAUCGAAAACUUCCUUCCCCUCCACUACGACUACCUGCAGUUUGCCUAUUACAGAGUUGGUGACUACGUAAAAGCCCUGGAGUGUGCCAAGUCCUACCUGCUCUUCCACCCGGACGAUGAAGAUGUCCUGGAGAAUGCAGGGUAUUACGAGGGGCUCUUGGAAGGUACAGUGGAUCCAGCCACCAUCAAGCCCAGAAAGGAGGCCAAAACGCUGCUGCGGCGCCACAAGCUGGAGUCUCACCUCUUGCAGGCGGCUGCGGCCGGCCUGGGAUACGCCUACACGGAGCCGAACUACUGGAACAGGUACGGUGCCCGCCAGGACGAGCACAGUGUCCCAUCAAGUAUCAGCAGUGAACCAGAGGAUGGGCCCCGGCUGUCCCUGACAAAGAAACCCAUGCCAAAGCCAGAUCGAGAGCUGAAGGAGGGGGGCCCUCUUCUCUACAGCGAUGUGAAGUUUGUCUACAACUCUCAGCAGCUGAAUGGCACGCAGCGAGUGCUGCUGGAUAACGUCAUCUCAGAGGAGCAGUGCCGGGAGCUGCACAGGGUGGCCAGUGGGAUCAUGUUGGCUGGAGAUGGUUACAGGGGCAAAACCUCCCCCCACACCCCGAAUGAGAGAUUUGAAGGAGCCACUGUCCUCAAAGCCCUCAAGUAUGGCUACGAGGGCCGUGUCCCGCUGAAGAGUGCCCGGCUGUUCUACGACAUCAGUGAGAAGGCUCGCAGGAUCGUCGAGUCCUACUUCCUGCUCAACUCCACGCUCUACUUCUCCUACACCCACCUGGUGUGCCGCACCGCCCUCUCCGGCCAGCAGGAGCGCAGGAAUGAUCUGAGCCAUCCCAUCCAUGCUGACAACUGCCUCUUGGACCCCGAAGCCAACGAGUGCUGGAAGGAGCCUCCUGCCUACACCUUUCGGGAUUACAGUGCCCUCCUGUACAUGAACGCAGAUUUUGAAGGUGGCGAGUUCAUUUUCACCGAGAUGGACGCCAAAACUGUGACAGCCUCCAUCAAGCCCAAGUGUGGGAGGAUGAUCAGCUUCUCGUCGGGCGGCGAGAACCCCCACGGGGUGAAGGCGGUCACCAAAGGCCAGCGCUGCGCUGUGGCUCUCUGGUUCACCUUGGACCCUCUCUACAGAGAGCUGGAACGAAUCCAGGCAGAUGAAGUGAUUGCAAUGCUGGACCAGCAGCAUCUAGGACCCAGUGAAAUGAACAUCAACCCAAAGGAUGAGCUAUGAACUAGGCCAAAGACUUUUUCUAUUAAAUAUUUAUUUAAUAUUGUUAAUCUUAUUAGAACCCUUCUAUUUUUGUACAGAGAUGCUGUAUAAAUUAACAGGUUAAUAUGAUUGUGGA